AUGCCUAUAGCGGUCUUGUGGCGGACCAGCAGCCAUGCCCGCCCGCGGUUUCCGCACAUGGCAGGACAGCAGGUGGGGGAGCCUGAGGGGCGGAGGUCGGUCCACGUGAGGGAGGAUGAGGAGGUGCUGCCAGACCUGCUUGUUCGUCGCAUGGCAGGGACUGUGGCAUCAUAUCGUGAGGCUCUUCACCAACACAAGGCCACCAAGGCCCGGAUCAAGAAGCCAGCAGUAUCGGAUUCAGACAUCGAAUCGGAAAAGGAACCGGAGGACUGCCUAGAACUUAUGAUUGAAGGAUUCCCGCCGCCUCCACGCCUGCUGUUGUUGCUAAUUCCCGCCGCCGCCGCGCCUGCUGUUGAGACUAAUGCAUCUUAA